AUGGAGUUGAUGUUGCACCCCCACUCCGCUGUCACAAAGGUGGCAUCCGUGGAAGCUGAGAAUUUCAGCUAUGAAGUGACCACAGAUGCGGGGCCUACUUGCUCACCAGGAUCCAGUCGAUGGGAGGAGUUCCUUUCCGAAAGCGCUUCGCGAUGGAUGGCUCAGGACUCUCCGGCGAACUGCGCGGCUUCCCAGGCGGACGCGGCCGAUCCGACCCCGGAGCAGCUGGCGGUGCUGAUGGCACCGACGCGCUCGGAACCCUCGCGGGUCCAGUGGGACGGUGGGGACGGUGACGACGGCGACGAUUUUCCGGGCGAGGUGGAACUGGAUGUGGAGCCACCAGGAGACUCUUCCUUCACAGGUGGUUCUGGCAGCGUUUUCCACGCCCACUCUGAUGGUCACGUCAUGUCCUCGCAGUCUGAUCUUCUGUCUGAAGACGGAGUGGGAUACCAUUCGAAGCCCUGGCGCCAGCGAUUUCACAGCAGGCUGCACGCUGCCAAACUCAUGCGUUUGAGACUCUUUGGACGUCGUCUGGUGGAAGGAGAUACAGAAUCAGGUGACAGUGGCAUGACGCAGCAUCAGAAUGUUGAUUGUGAUGAUCAUGAGGCUUUGGACCGAGGCGUUGCCGUGUUACCGAGCUACUUUCAGGCUGACGCGAAUAGCAGGCUACCACGCUUGCUGCAUGGCACCGGCCCCGAGAAGACGUCGUUAAAGACAGCCGCCGGCAGUGAAGAUCCGGCCCUUCAAUCACCGUUUUUUCCAAAAGAGACCGGUGAAGGACCAGUUCAUCGCGACGAUGUGUCUGAAGAUCCCAGUGUUUCAGAAUCAUCAGGGCGAACGUCGGAGGGUGAAUUUACGUUUCGCUCCCUCGAUUUGCCCCUGUUCCUGGGCGAUUUGCAGCGCGACGGAAACGGAAACGGCGUCGAAGGUGGAUAUGGUCAAGACGCACCGGCAGCUGAUAUGGAGUGGAACUUGAAAAGCUUGGGCCCUGAAGAGUGGGAAGUUAUGGCCAUGUGCCUUCACUGCCCUGGUCAGGGUGCGGAACUGCGUCGACGACUGCUGGAGCCGGUUGGCUUUUGGCCUCGGAUCGAGGAAAGUGCAACGCCCAUGGGGCCCGUGGGGCCCAUUUUGCUCCUCCGCCCCGAUCGUGACGACGCUCAGCGUCGGGCCUCGCAUGCGUCGCUGGCGUCUGUGGCCACCGCGAAGUUGGGAAUGGACAGCUAUUUGCGGCAGAAGCGCCGCUCAACGCUGCCGCAGAUUUUGGGUUUGCCGCCACAGGCGGUAAAAGCCAGUUGA